AUGACGGUCGUCCAUUCUUUAUUUAUAUCACUCUUUACAGCAUCUACGAUAGCACAAUCUGUUAAAAGUUUAGGUCAUGUUGGUGGCAGUGGACCCAAAGGUGGGUGUGGUGAUGUGGACAAGCCGGUGCUGGAGGCACAAUCCUACGUGAACCGAUGCUCUGAUCCCGCUACGAGCGAACACGACGCGACUGCUCGUGAAAGGCCAAGCGCCUACUCUAUCGACUGA